AAGUUCGAACAAAAAGUAAGCGGAGACACGCGUGUGUAUUUUCGAAUCAGUUUUGUAGCUGCUCGCUCGCUAGCCCUGUCUGUGCUUUGUGCUUAGUGUUUUUGUGUGCUUAGAUGUGCUUAGCCGGUUGUAAGUUGUUCGGUGGUGCUUAACUGGUUGUGAGAGCAAGCGAAGGAAGGACUUGGCACUUGAUUUGAACCGCGCUAGAUAACACCAUGGGAGGCUUUGCAUGGGUGACGCUGGCCACGAAUGACUCCUAUUCUCUGGGAGCUCUGGUGCUGGCACACUCUCUCAAGCGGGUCAACACAGCUCAUCAGCUAGCCAUUCUCAUCACUCCUGGCGUCACUGAGGCUAUGAGGACACAACUGAGCGCAGUAUUCAACGUGGUCAAGGAGGUGGAUGUGCUUGAUUCGAAAGACACAGCCAACCUGGCUUUGCUGGCGCGGCCUGAGUUGGGCAUCACAUUCACAAAACUGCACUGCUGGCGUCUCACGCAGUACGACAAAUGCGUCUUCCUAGAUGCCGAUACACUGGUUCUGCAGAACUGUGACGAACUGUUCGAGAGAGAAGAGCUGUCAGCUGCUCCCGAUGUGGGUUGGCCUGACUGCUUCAAUUCGGGAGUGUUUGUCUACAAGCCCUCAGACGAGACCUUCAAGGCCAUUUCUGAUUUCGCCCUCGUGCAUGGCACAUUCGAUGGUGGAGACCAAGGACUCCUCAAUCUAUAUUUCAGUGAUUGGGCAACUAAGGAUAUUGCCAGACACUUGCCAUUCGUCUACAAUGUAGUCAGCUGCGUAUCUUACUCUUAUUUGCCUGCUUUCAAGCAAUUCCGUGACAAGUUGAAGAUAAUCCAUUUCAUCGGCGCCACUAAGCCCUGGCUUCAGCCGUUCGACACGGAGAAAGGUCUGUCCAGGGUGUCAUCCGAACCACUUGCCCAGUCCCAGAGUGACUUCAUCCAGCUCUGGUGGAGCAUAUUCUGCACCAGUGUACAUCCUAGUCUGUCAGCUAACAUGAGUCACCACCGCCUGAGCUAUCUGUUACCUUCUCGUGCAUCCACUCCUUCUACUAAUUUCUUCUCUACUUCUGAUCCUUCUUCGUUUUCUCCCUCCUCUUCUUUGCUUUACAAUCAGACGUCACUUCCUGAUCGAUCACUGCCACCCCCAUAUGACACCAACACUAACACCAACGCUAACACUGGCACAGGUCACUACUAUUUCACUGAUCCUUGGGAGGUGGGUAAUGAGGACGCCGGUCACAACACUCAGAAUUUCAGCCACAAUUCACAACAUUUCACUGGUGGUGAAAAUAGUGAUAAUUUACAACAUUUCACUGGACAUUCAGGUGAAAAUGUGCAUCACUACCACAAUUCACAACAUUUCACUGGUGGUGAGAAUAGUGAUAAUUCACAACAUUUCACUGGACAUUCAGGUGAAAAUGUGCAUCACUACCAACCUGAACACAAGCAAAUAUACAGAGAAGACAGGAGACAAGAACACCAUGCUUCUAACACUUAUUGGCAACAAAAUCAUCAUCACCAUCAACACCAUGACAAUCAUCAAAAUCAUGACAAUCAUCAUCAAAACCAUGACCAUCACCAUCAACAACACCAAAAUGAUGAUUGUUUGCAGAUGUCUUGCAGCCAAGUUGAUAGCUUUAGUCGAGAGACCACAUGCCAUGAACAAGCUAGUAGUAACUUCUCAUUGCAUAAGCAAGACAGUAACUCAUUAUCAUCGCCCUCUCAUCACACGAAGCUACACCCCUCGCAUUCUCCCUCUCCCUCCCACCAUUCUCCUUAUUCUCUUCCUCCUCCUCCUUCUUCGUCUGAAUUGAAAGAAAGCGAAGAAAGUGCGGCACAGGCAAACGCCGGUGAGAAUGAGGAGGCUGGACUUGCCGGUGCCCUGGCCACAGUGAAGCUGGGAUCACCAUUGUCUGAAGAGCAGCACGCACUCCAAGACCACCUGCGCCGCCAAGGCUGGGAAGAGGGUCACAUGGACUACAUGGGCCGCGACUCGUUCGACAACAUCUGGGCGAAGAUCUGCCAAACCCUCUCAACUGGACCGUCACCAGUGCCAGCCUCUGCAGACCUGCCUGCACCACCAGCAGAUGCAUCAGCCGCCAAACCACAGGCAAGUGCACCCACAAGGGUUGAGGCCAGAAGAACGUCUGUGCCCAAAGCUGAAAAGGCUCUGGAAACUCUGUUCAUGAAGCCAAACACAAUGCUGCAGCCGACCUCUGAACAGGCUGAUCCUCUCACGCCUCCACCUUUCUUGACUCAACCACAGUUUGCUCCCACUGCAGCUCCAGUGGAAUCUAAAACUGAUGAUGCCAAAUUAGCGGAAAGCACCGCUUGUCCACUCCCACCAAAACCAGCAUCUGAGAGUCCUGCAUGUCCUAUCCCUCCUAAGCCUCAACCUGAAAGUCCAGUUUGUCCUAUUCCUCCAAAACCAGAAUCUGAGAGUCCUGCAUGUCCUAUCCCUACUAAGCCUCAAUCUGAAAGUCCAGUUUGUCCUAUUCCUCCAAAACCAGCAUCUGAAAGUCCUGCAUGUCCUAUCCCUCCCAAGCCUGAACCAGAAAGUCCAUCUUGUCCAAUUCCUCCGAAGGCUCAACCUGAAAGCCCAGCUUGUCCAAUACCUCCCAAACCUGAACCUGAAAGCUCAGCUUGUCCAAUACCUCCCAAACCUGAACCUGAAAGCCCAGCUUGUCCAAUACCUCCCAAACCUGAACCUGAAAGCCCAGCUUGUCCUAUUCCUCCAAAACCAGCAGCUGAAAGCCCAGUAUGUCCCAUUCCUCCAAAGCCUCAACCUGAAAGCCCAGCUUGUCCUAUUCCUCCCAAACCUCAACCUGAAAGCCCAGCUUGUCCACUCCCACCAAAACCAGAAGAUCCAGUCUGUCCUAUCCCUCCAAAGUCUGAAAGUGCAGCUCCCACUCAGCCAGCUGAAGUAGCUGCUUGUCCACUACCAAAGCCUGCAACAGAAGCUGCGCCAGAGCCGCUCGCAUGUCCCAUUAAGAAGCCUGAUGCACCAGCUGCUGAACAGGCUUGUCAAAAACCUGUUGCCCCUCAAGUACCUGUUCCUGCUGAGGCUCCUGCACAAACUCCUGCUUCUGUAGAGACGCCUGUCCCUGCUGUAGAAGCAACUGUUCCUGCUGCAGUACCUGUUCCUGCACAAACUCCUGCUCCUGUAGAGACACCUGUCCCUGCAGCAGUACCUGUUCCUGCAGAGGCCCCUGUUCCUGCUGCAAAGUUGCCUGAAACACCACCCCAAUCUCCUCAGCAAGAAACUCCUGUACAACCUGCAACUCCAGUACAGCCUCAGCCAGAAGCACCCAAAACACCAGUACAGUCUCAACCAUCGACCCCCACCGUGACCACAGCCACUCCUCCUCUGUCUCCACCGCCAGUGCCUUCCGAAUCGCCGGUCUCCGCCACUGAGAAGCUCAGCGUGCAACCGGAUAUCCCUCAGACUCCUCCUGUGGUUGACGCACCCCCAGCUGUUCCCCAGGCAUCAUCAGCUCCUACUGACGAACCACCCAUUCCCCCGAAGCGAAAAGGUGGGCGAGGAGGUGGAGGGGAUCAGGGGAAACAGGGUAGGGGUGGCAAAGGUGGUAGGGGAAAGAAGUAAGGCAUGUGAUUUCUUUGAGAUGUAAUAAUUGGGAUUGAAUUGAAGCUUGAAGAGAGGAUUGAUUUGAAAAAGGAUUGAAUUGAUCCUUGAGGGGAGGAAGUGGGAUUGGAUUUUGACUUGAGGGGGAAUGUACCUAUAAUUGAAUUGUAAUUCAUUGGUAUUGAGUGAAAUUGGAUUGAGACUCAAGAGAGAAAGUAAAAUAGGAUUGAAAAAUUCAAGGUAAAGAAUUACAACAGUUGAAAUGUGAUUCUCUAAUUAGGGAUGAUAUUCUCCAUGUGAUUGAAUUGAAAAUCAUGUGUAAAAUACUUUAUAUUCAAUUCCAUAGUGAUUCUUACAUUGGAGAUGUUCUUCAAGUGAUUCAAUCGUGAUUGUCCUAUUGGAGAUGAUAUGUUUUAAGUGGUAUUCAUAUAGCAUCAUUGUAAUGCUGUUUAUUAAACCUUAUUGACUUGUUGAUUGAUAAAAAUCAAUCAUUUCACAUCACCUUUUCAAUGCCAUAUUUGAAAAGUCGUUGGCUGUAAUGUCGUUAUUCUUCAAUUGAAAUUUAGUUGUAUUGUUGUUUCUCAAACUUAUUGACGUGUUAAUUGAUGAAAAUCGUCUUAUCAUUUUAUCAAUGCCAAAUUUGAAAUGUUAUUUUUCAUUUUGGAAUUCACAGGCAGCUUUAGUGUAUUAUUGUUUGUAUUAUCUGUGAAAUUUAAUAUAAUUAUUGUUGGUUGAUUGUGGUUAAUUUAUCUCUGCUAGGAUUGUAAGUAAUUGAAAAGAAAUCGAAAAGAGGGUUCUAAUGUUGAUACACAUUGCUACACAGAGUUAUAAUUCUGAUACACCUGACUCUUCUUUCUUUUUGUUUGAUAAAACAUAGAUUGUUCUCUAUGUAGUGGUUCUACAUAACUGUGUUA